AUGGCAAUCAUCUCCUACGGAGUAUCAGCCACCCUGGGCGCACAAGCUCGCCCCAAAGCAGUCGUAUACCGCGGCCCAGCUUCAUCAGAAGGCUGUCCCGAAGGCGUGCGCGACCUCCUCGUCUCCUCCCCAUCCAACUUCGAAGUCGUCUUCGCUGGUCCAAAUGAACCAAUCGACGUGAUUGAAGCUCUCAAAGGUGCAACAGUGUACGCCCAUGGCGGAGGACCAAACUGGAAAAAAGCAUACCGCUCAACAAAGAAAUACGAGAAGGCUAUUCAGGAGUUUGUCAAAUCUGGAGGUCAUUACCUUGGUUUUUGUCUUGGUGCUUAUCUGGCUGGGCCGGUCAAUGGGUAUAAUCUUCUUCCCAAGGGCGUUGAUACGGAGCAAGAGAUUGAGCGGCGAAGAGCGCAGGUCAAGGGCGAGGAAGAUACGGUCAUCAACGUUGAUUGGACUUUUGAGUCUGGAACUACGGAGAAAAAGAGAUGGUUGUAUUUCCAGGAUGGGGUUGUGAUCAGGGGCAUGGAUGCGAGUAAGCCGGGGAAGAUCGUUGGGAGGUAUUCGGCGAAUGGCGAUGUUGCUGCUUCGAUUACACCGUAUGGGAAGGGCUCGGUUGGACUUGUUGGACCUCACCCCGAGGCUGAUGAUACGUGGUACGAAGGAGCGGAGAUUCAGAACCCUGAGGGUAUCAGAUUUGAUAUUGGGCAUGACUUUGUUGAGGCUACUGUUCAUGCGGGCUCUCACAAGCGCUCUUGA